GAACGGAUGGGAGUUGCUCACUGGUUUCUUGCAGAUGUUGCGGUCAGGUUUCGAAAUAAGAUUCAAGUUAGGGAAUAGAAGUCCUGCACACUUUUGUCUCGUAGUGCGACUCAAACUGAAACGAAAAUGAGACGGGAAAGGUUUGUGGGGAGUUUUGACUGGGGUGAUAUUUGGAUGCACUUGCUUCUGUGCUGUUUAUUCAGGACGGGGACGCUGUACAAUCUGGAUUCGGAAAAUCCUGUACUGGUGAAAGGACCUGCAGGGACAUUGUUUGGUUAUUCGGUACUGUUACACAGUUACAGAGACGAAAAGUGGUGUGUUGUUGGUGCUCCAAAAGCAAAUACAUCCUUCGGUGAUACAGUAAGCCCUGGAAUUAUUUACAAAUGCCGAAUCGACCACAAUGCUAAUCAAACUUGCGAAGAACUACAUUUAGGUAUUCCUGAAGGAAAAUCAUGUGGACCUGAUUGUAAGGAAGAAAAAGAUAAUCAGUGGCUUGGUGUUAGUUUGUCAAGACAGCCAAAGAAAGAAGGUUACAUACUGGCCUGUGCGCAUCGCUGGAAAAAUGUAUACUACCAGGCAUCAGAUAAACGGCCUCUUGGGUUAUGUUUUAAAAUUCCAACUGACUUGCAACCUUCUCAAGAUUUGCCACUGAUACCAUGUUUUAGAGAAUGUCGAUGGAAUGAUAAUGAAAAAGGAAGAUGUCAGGCAGGAAUUGCUAGCUUUCUGACUGAGGAGUUAAUCAUAAUGGGAGCUCCUGGAUCUCGUUUCUGGACUGGAACUGUUGCUGUCAAAAAUGAAAAGACAGAUUCUUUGCUCUUUUACAAAGAUGAUGAAAAUAUAGUUCAAUAUGGAAGCUACCUAGGUUAUGCUGUUAGUGCAGGACACUUUACUUCUCCAAACAGCACAGAGAUUGUAGGAGGGGCACCUCAGCAAGAAUUAACUGGUCAAGUCUACAUUUUUGAACAGCACGAACAGACUUUGAAAAUCAUUUUCACAGCAAAGGGUAAAAUGCUUGGUUCAUACUUUGGCUCAUCGGUUUGUGCAGUGGAUCUGAAUUCAGAUGGCCUCUCGGAUCUGUUAGUGGGAGCCCCUAUGUACAGCAUAAUCAGAGAGGAAGGAAGGGUGUAUGUCUACUUGAAUACAGGAUUGGGAGUGAUGAAGGAGCUGGCGAUGGAGUUAGUUGGAAGAAAUUCUUAUGCAGCAAGAUUUGGAGAGGCAAUCGUCGACCUUGGAGAUAUUAAUGAUGAUGGACAUGCAGAUAUAGCAAUUGGAGCACCCCAAGAAGAGGAUCAGCAGGGAGCUAUUUAUAUUUAUAAUGGAAAUGAGGAGGGGAUAUUGUCCAUCUUUUCUCAACGAAUCCACGGACUACGGAUUAAUAAUGCUUUGCGUGCAUUUGGCCAAUCCAUCUCUGGAGGUAUCGAUAUUGAUAAUAAUGGUUAUUCAGAUGUAGCUGUUGGAGCCUUUAUGUCUGAUACUGUUGUGUUGCUCAGGAGCAGGCCUGUUGUGGUUCUUGAUGCUUUCCUGCAGCUACCUCCUUCAAUCAAUCGUACAAAAAUGGAAUGCUUUGAGAAUGGGAAGCCUGUUGUAUGCAUCAAUGUUUCUGUGUGCUUUAGUAACAAAGGAAAGAAGAUUCCUGGUCAUAUAGUGUUGCGCUACAACAUAAGUACAGACGUCAAAAGGAGAAAUGGUUUUCCUUCGAGAUUUAUCUUAAUAUCUGAUGGCAACUUGACUACUAGUUCAGGACAAAUUGCACUCUAUCACAAUAUCAUUAAAUGUAACGCUCAUCAAGCACUUAUGAGGAGGGAGGUCAGGGAUAUUUUGACACCAGUUUACUUUGAAGUAUCAUAUUUCCUGGAAAAACAUAUUACUAAGAAUGAAUCGACAGAUGCUUUCCGACCACUCCAACCUGUUUUGCAGAAAAAAGGAAACCAAACAAAUGAAGUCAAAAAUAAGACCUAUUUUGAGCGAUAUUGUGCAUUUGAAAAUUGUUCUGCUAACCUCCAGGUUUCUGGAAAACUGCUGCUAACAGGGUCCCAAGUAAACAAAUCCUAUCUGGCAGUUCAAGAGGCAGAGAAGGUUGUUUUGAAUGUAUUGCUAUUCAAUGCAGGGGAUGAUGCAUACUCAACAACUCUCACUGUUAAAUUUCCCAAAGACUUACAUUUCAUAAAAAUAGUUGAAGUGGUGGAGAAGCAUGUAAUGUGUAAUAUUGUCAGUGAUGAAAAUUCAACAAGUCUGGAAUGCAUCAUCGGACAUUUGUAUCUCGAUUUUUUAUCAAAGGUGGAAUUAAAUGUUUUUCUAGAUGCCAGUAGCUUCACCAGAGCAGAGGAAGACAUUGUCAUCACUGUUAAUGCGACUUGUGAAAAUGAAGAGAGUCUGGAGUUACUUGAAGAUAACUUUAUUACUCUGAACAUGCCCUUAAAAUAUGAGGUUAAUGUUGCUCUCCAUGGAUCCGUAUAUCCUCCCUCAUUUCUGUAUGAGGGGGUAACAGAUGAUGACACAAUGACAUUUACUUUCAAUGAUCCACCUUGCACAUAUCAGAAUGUCAAUUAUUCAUUCCAGGUUACUAACAUGGGGAACAGCAUUGCUCCUGGUCUUGAACUACAAAUUACACAGCCCAACACACUGCGAACAAAUGACUUCAAGUUGUUUGAAAUUCUUGAUGUAAAGACUGAUAAAGGAGAAUGUCGAUUUGAACAUUAUGUGGCAAACUGUGCUGAAAUGCAAAAUGUAACAAUAUUUCAUCAAGUGUUUAAUUUUUUCAAGAAGCUUGGAAGAAAAGUACUGUCCUGUUUCAGACAUGGAAUUUCCUGUUUAAGUAUCACAUGCCAGUUAGGAGAUAUUGAACAUGGAAGAGCUGUAUCCAUUCAUGUUGCAAUGAGACUCAAUUAUGCAUUUUUGGCAUCGGAUUCUGCUGCUUCAACAAUUUUUACUACAGAAGCUGUGGCAUCAUCAGGGCAGAAUCCCAAAGUUAUUGAAAAAGGAGGAGGCACAAGUAUAACUGUUAUAAUGGAAGCAAUUUAUAAUACUAAACCAAAAUUUAAAGUAGCAGUAUUGACUUUUGGACUGAGUUUGUUAUUGGGGAUUUUGAUAUUGGCUACAUUCAUUUUUAUGCUUUGUAAGUGUGGAUUCUUUAAAAGAUCUUUGAAAACCAAACUAAAUAAAGAAAUGAGAAAAACAAAUCUGGAAGAAAUUUGGAUGCCAAUAAGUCAAGAGGAAAAUGAUGACAAUUUAAUAGAUGAAACACUUGCAUGCAAAUCAAUAUUAAGAAAAACGUGAGAAAUGCAAAUGAAACAGCAUAGACAUUACUUAAAAACUGGAAAUGGGUACUUAUGUAUAUUUCAGUGAAGACAUCUGAAAAUUGUACCAUAGAUGAUUGUGCAGGAAUUCACGAAGAUGUAUUCCAUAUUAUAACUUGUAGAGUCUAAACAUGCGCUACUUUGUGCAUACAACAAUUUUAAGUUGUUUCUCUUUGAACAGAUAUUUUCCACUGUAUUGAUCAAGACAGUAUUACUUCUAUGAGGUAUAUUUCAAUCUAACCUUGAAUUUAAAACAAACAACUCUAGUUUAUCGAUAAAUACAUUUUCCCAACUUAAAACCAAAAAAAGUGAAAUUUCCUAGUAGACAGAAUUUUACAUCUUCCCACUGAUAAAAGUGAACAAAUUAUUAUGUUCAUUAUUUGAGAUUGCUGCAUCUGCUAAGAUUUUCUCCUCACUCUGAAUAUGGAACUAGUUUUUAAUAUAUGAAGGAACAAACUGAGAGAUGAUGUUCUUGAAAUGUUUUUCUUUGUUAUGCAGUGCAGAAUGAGACUUGUCAUCUCAUCAUGCUAAUGCUGGCUCUUUGAAAGUUAUCCAGUUACUGCUAUUUUAUUUUAUCUGGGUUCUGCAAACUUGGUUAUUUAAGCACAUUCCUAGUUAAUUUUGAAAAGUUUUUGUCAAUUCUGCUUCCAUGGCACUUAAAGGUCUGUAUCAUAACUGCUUGCUUUUUAAGAAGAUAAUCCCUCUGCUCUGUGAUUCUUUUAAAAGGUGCUUUAAAUCUGUUUUCUACGGUUACCAAUGUUCCUGAUUUAUUCUGUACAAACCUUGCUUCAGGUAAUAAAUAGUGAGGAAGACAGUAGAAGUCUUCAAGAGAACAUUGACAGUGUUAGAAUGGAUAAAUGGUAGUUGAAAUACAAUGCAGUAAAAUGUGAAGUGGUCUGUUUAACAAAGAAAAAUGAAGAAAGAAGGUGCUGAAUGGUAUCUUUAAAGGGUAUGAAAGAGCAGAAAUAUUUGGGGGUGUUUGUGUGUUUAAAAAAUGGUAAAACGGUAACAAAGAAGUUCAUAUGUAAGAUAUUAAGCUUCAUAAACAAUGGCAUGGAGUACAAAAGCACCUAAGAUGCUAUGCUAAAUUUACAUAAAAUAGUUGAUCAUCCCAAGUUGUAGUAUCAGGCUUUAGGAAGAACAUGAAAGUACAGAGAGAUGUACUAGAAUGGGUUCGGGAAUGAAAGGUUAUGUCGAUGGUUCUGGGUUCUUUGAGUGUGGACUGGGAAAAGAUUUGUUGGUGUGUUUAAAACUGAGAUUAGGCUAAGUAAAAAGGAACAGUUUCCAUUAUCAAUAAGAAAGCAUAGAUUAAUGUCUUUGGCAAAGAAAGCAGACAUGAAGAAAAAUGUUUUACUCAUUUGAUAAUUAGGAUUUGGAAUGCCUUACCUGAUAGGGUGGUGGAUAAAUAUUCAAGAGGGGAUUGAAAAAGAACAUAAAACAGAAAAUAUUGUAGAGAUUUGAAAAGAACUGGGAAGCAGGACUAACUGGAUUGUUCUUGAAACAGCCAGCAUAGACAUGAUGGAACAGAUGAUUUCCUAAUCUACACUAGUGUAUGAAAUCUCCCCUUUACACUCUGCUUUAAGGGGAAUCCCAUCCCUCUAGUCAUUUACCCCAGAUGUGAUUUAAUCUUUUUUCUAAAAUAAACAACCUCUUUUUGUUUUACAAAAUCCACUAGGUAGAAAAAUCAACUUUCAAACCAGCUGUCAUGCUUAGUGGUUGAGUGUUUAAUUAAAAUAAUGACCAUUAUAUUGAGCCUGUACAUUCCUCUUUACUGUCUAAUUGGAUGUCUGAAUGGAACCCAUCUUGAGUUUUUGCAUAAUUGGAAGUUUGAAAUCAGUGUAUUCCUCGAAAAUGUUGUGGCCAUGCUUUCAUCACUGUUUGAUACAAAAGUGGAAUACUUCACUAUCAGUUGUACAAUAUUGUCUUAUCCAAAUUCAUAUCAGUUGUCUUGAUUAUUGCAGCCAGCUCAAAUGCAUUCCGUUCUCAUAAUUCCUCUUCUGGAAAUCUGCUUUCCAGAUGGUCAUAUAGCUAUUGAAUAAAUUGAAGGAUUACAGCAGUGACCACAGAGCAGCCAGAACCUUAACUUCACCACUCCAAUAACCAAAUUCACUUAAAUAUUGAGUACAGUAUUCAGUUUAUUGGUCUUGGCAUUUGCAAAUUGUCUAGCUUUAGUUGCUGUCAAACAUGCUUCUCUGCAAGAAGUAAAAACAAAGAACUGCAAAUGCUUGAAAUCUGAAACAAAAACAGAGUGUGCUGGAGAAACACAGCAGGUCUGGCAGCAUCUAUUGAGAGAAAAGGAUUUUUUUUGAGUUCAGUGACCCUUUGUCUCAAUAGAUGCUGCUAGAUCUGAUCUAUUUUAUCAUCAUUCUGUUUUAGCUUCUUUGCAAGACUUUGCAAGGUGAACGAGUCAAUGUCAAUGUAAUGCAAUAUUAUAGCUUUGAGAGAAUUUCAGACCAUUUACUCACUUGUGUUCUGCGUACUUGAUCAAGACAUUGUAGUUUUGCAUUAGUACAUUCGCUGCAAGAUCUUGACAGCCACCUCACUUCAUUCCGAGAUUUAAAUGCCACUGUAUCAAACUGUGACUUCGGAAAAAUCUUCAAAUUGUCCUUUCUUUACAGUUGAUCUGCUGAACACUGUAUAUACUGGUUUAAAAACAUUUCAGUAUCUUACCUAAUUGCUGCGUGCAUCCAAAUAACAUCAAUUCCCAGAUCGUAUCUGUGAGCAACACAAUACUUUUCCAACAAAUGUCUGAUCUCAUCUUCUCCAUUUUUUUUUCCAAGCAUAACAUCAGUGUUCACAUAAAAUUGUUUAAUUGCUGUCUUUUGCAAGCUGUCAUUUAUAAAAUUGUAUCAAAGUCAGUCUUGUAAGCAAGUUCACAGUCUGGUUGAAACUUGAUGUACAAAAUCAAUUUUUUCAUACUGAAAUGUCUGUAAUUUUGUUCAUUAUCAAUAUGUGAAAAAACGAUUCAUACAAUUUUUUAAGAAUUGUCUCUGUAUGGCAAAGCCAAUAUACUCUACAAAUUGCUGCAUAUUUCACCACAUGAUCAUCAAUGUCUUCAUGAAAAGCUUGGGUACAUUGAUCUUUAUUGCAAGUAUAACAUUAUCAAUGACAAUUUUCUUGACAAUUCCUGGCAAGUGGAGGAUUCUGCGAUUCAUGAGUUGUGCAUUGGGCAAUAUUCCAUGGAGUUCUGGAGCAGGAUGCCUUCAUUCGCUUUUCGGAUAUGACCACCUGUUGCGAACAAUCACAGGGUAUGCAUUACUUUCACUUUGCUGGUCAGUCCUGCAGUUUCCUCGUAACCAGUCAGAGGAUGAUUAAAAGUCAGUUAGUCAGUGAGCUGGUCUGUCCUUAGUCAGGGCUGAGCCACAGUCAGAUCUGAGAGUCUAUUCACUUGAAGUCAAGGAAUGUUCUCGGGGGUCACUGUGUGGUGGACAGGUUCGGUAAGCCAAUUGUGAGGUUUGGAGACAGCAUGCUGGGAUGAACAAAUGACAAUAAUUAUGAAGUGGGGGUGACUCAAUAUUCAAGGGUGGGAGAUGAUGGAGUUUUGGAAGGCACAUGUGACUGCAUGGGUGUCACUGACAAUUAGUGUUACCCUUACUUUCAUGGGGGUGACAGUGCAUCAUGAUGGUUGGUACAGUUAUGUCUGAGCUCAGGGGAGCAAAGAGUGGAGAUUAAGAUUUUAAAAAAGGGUUAGCUGGGAAUGUGCUGAAACUCAGAUCCAAUUGGGUUGACAGGGAGUGGAAGGAAGGAAGGAAUAUUAAGGUUUAGGUUUCACCAUCACAUCCUGAGUUGGGAAAGUAGGUAAUUUUCUAAAUGAGGGAGUGGGUUCUUACAUGAACCCUUUUAAGGAGCAAUUGCAUUAAUAAGGCAUUUACAUAGGAACAGUUAAGGACAGAGAAUCAGAGAACAGUUAAUCAGAGAAUUGUCCAUGUGAACUGCUUAGUUUUAAAUGAACUUAAGAAUAAAUCUAAAUAAAAUUGAGUAUUUUACUUCAAACUUAGUGAGAUAAAUUAGGAGGAAUAAGCAUAAAUAUAAAAGCAGUUCCAAAUUGCAAUGUUGCUUCUAAUGAGUUUUGACUGAUGCAAAUGAGUUUUGACUGAUAGUGAAGUAUUCCACUUU